UCCUCACGGUUCACGAUUUAGAGAGAGAGAGAGAGGCCAGUAAAAGAAAACAAGGGAGGGAAGAUUAAUGGCGUCCACCACCUUGUUCUCCACCUCAGCGCCAUCGUCCUUCGUCCAGAAACACCACCACCACAACCAUGUCCCAUCUCAUCAAUAUUUCCAGGGGCUGAGGCCCAUAAAGACCACGGAUGCGUCUCUCCUGGGACUGAGCAAGAAGGAGGCGACAGCCCAACCGAGUUCGUCAUCCUUGGCCGGCAGCAGUGGCCGUAAGAGUUCGAAAUCAUACAAGAGAGGGAUAUGCAGAGCGGAGCUGAACCCGUCGUUGGUGAUAAGCCUAAGCACGGGGCUGUCGCUGUUCCUGGGGAGGUUUGUGUUCUUCAACUUCCAGAGGGAGAACGUGGCGAAACAGGGGCUUCCAGAACAGAAUGGGAUGACCCACUUCGAGGCAGGGGACACCAGGGCCAAGGAGUAUGUGAGCCUCCUCAAAUCUAACGAUCCCGUCGGCUUCAACAUCGUCGACGUCCUCUCUUGGGGCUCCAUCGGCCACAUCGUUGCCUACUACAUCCUCGCUACUUCCAGUAACGGAUAUGACCCCAAGUUCUUCGAUUGAUCGAUGGAUCCAUCCAAUACAAUUUUCCAUAAUCUUCGUUUACCCUUCAAUUUUACUCUCUACGUUUUUUUUUUUUUUUUUUUUUUUUUAUUUAUUUAUUAUUAAUCUUUGAAAUCAGUCUUCUUUUUCAAGUUCGUUCAAAUAUCCCCAACUCUCGUCGAUGCUUGUUUCUCUACUUUAAUGAAGGAAUUACUACUGUAUGUGCUCUAUUCUGUACAGCGCCGGAAGAACUUGGAUCCUUUACUUAUCUGGCGUUUUUUUUUUUAUUCCCUGUAUAUUUGCUAAUGAACUGCCCAAGUCUCGUCUGUUCUCAUCAUUGUUUUUUUUUCCCUGUAUAUUUGCUAAUGAACUGCCCAAGUUUCAUCUGUUCUCAUCA